AUGAAUCACUUAACUAAAGUGAAGCUGAUCAGCCAGCUGAAUGAGCUGGAGGCUGAGGGUAGGGUGGAUACUAAAGCAUCCUGGCACUCGGAAUACAAGGACAGCUCCUGGAUCUUCCUGGGUGGGCUUCCUUAUGAACUGACAGAAGGAGAUAUUCUCUGUGUAUUCUCCCAGUACGGGGAGAUAGUUAACAUUAAUCUUGUUCGAGACAGGAAGACCGGGAAGUCCAAAGGAUUUUGUUUUAUUUGCUAUGAAGACCAGAGGAGUACAGUGCUAGCUGUUGACAAUUUUAAUGGCAUCAAGAUCAAGGGAAGAACUAUCCGAGUAGAUCACGUUUCAAAUUACCGGCCCCCUCGAGACUCAGAGAACGUGGAUGAUGAGACCAGAGAGCUCUGGGAGAAGGGCUGUGGGGCCCAGACACCCUCAUCCAGUCCAUCUGAAGGCUCCAAAGGUGAAGCACUCUCAAAACAGCACAUACAAGGCAAACAAACUAAGAACAGAGAGAAGACUUGCCGUGCCAGUUAA